CAUGACAGUGUACCAACCUUACUGCUACGUUUGUCUACUGUGCGACAAUAUAUGCGAAUGUAAAAUCGUUGCUAAAUUUUGCUUUGAUGUCAAUAAAAUCUCAAUGCUGUUUCUAAUUGUUGUUGAUACACAUUAUAAAGUCUAAUGUUAUUAAAAUAAAAUUAACUGAAACAAAACGUGCUCGGUUAAGAAACAUAUAUUUAACAAAAUUGCAUCAACGAUGCUUAAUAUAUUGAUAAUAUAUAAAUGAAUAUCGUUUUCAUUGGGUAAAAGAAACGUCUUAUGUUAUCAUUUGACAUUUAGCUCUAAAAAUAUAACAUUAUUUUUGAAUAAACUUACAGUAUGAAAGUGCAUUCUUGAAGAGUUAAUACGCACGUUUUUAUCCUCUGCAUUUUAUAAGUUCGCAUAGACGUAUUUGAAUAUAAAUAUUAUUUAAAAGAAAAUUGAAUGAAUAGAAUAUCCGGAAUUAGUCAAAGGAGAAUGAAGUGGACUAGUGGAUAUUUAUGAUGUUACAAUUUUUCAUAUUGUAGGUGAAAAUAUAGUUACCGUAUUCAGAUUUAUUAUAUUAUAUCGUAGUGAACUUAACAGUAUAUUCAAACACCAUGCAUAGAAGUAUUGUAUUAUUUAAAAAUGUAGUACUUCCAGGAAAAAGUAAUUUCAAUAAACAAUGUAUAGAAAGAAUGUAUAUGGCUGAAUCUUCGAAAAUGAAAGAAUACGAAGGACGUAAAUUGAUAGGAUUCUCGAUGGAGCAAAUGUAUGAUGUUGUAGCGGACGUUGAGAAUUAUAAAAACUUCGUGCCAUUUUGUAAAAAAUCCGAUAUUAUAUUUAAAAAAGAAGAUACUCUCAAAGCCAAUCUAGUUAUAGGUUUUCCGCCUAUAAAGGAAUACUAUACCUCAAAAGUAACGAUGGUUCGGCCACGUUUAGUAAAAGCUGAAUGCACAGACGGCAGAUUAUUUAAUCAUUUAAAUACACUAUGGCUUUUCAGUCCAGGAUUAAAAAAUAAUGUUCAAACGUGCGUAAUUGAUUUUUCCUUAUCAUUCGAAUUUAAAUCGCUCAUAUAUUCACAUUUCUCGAAUUUAUUUUUCAAUGAGAUUGUGAGACAAAUGGAAAAUGCUUUUAUCGAAGAAGCCAAACGCAGGUACGGCAGGCCCUGCGUAAAAACGGUGCGGUUAGAAAGAUGACACUCAAUUUAGUAAUUAAAGAAUUAUUAACGAAUGUAUGAAAUAAUUUAAAAAUAAAUCCCAUAUCUUUAAAAAGAGCUGUUAGAAAAAAACUUGUCCAUAAGAAAUCCUUAAAUUACAAAUUCGGUUUAAACAUUUUUACCGACGAAGAAAAAU